AUGGCACAGAAGAGUAAAAUCCUAGUCCUAGGAGGAACAGGUUACAUAGGAAAAUUCGUAGUUGAAGCAAGUGCAAAAGCAGGACACCCCACGUUUGCUUUAGUUAGAGAGAGCACAGUUUCUCAUCCUGAAAAAUCAAAGCUUAUUGACAGCUUCAAAAGCUCUGGAGUUACUUUGCUUUAUGGUGAUCUAGGUGAUCAUGAAAGUCUUGUUAAGGCAGUUAAGCAAGUUGAUGUUGUUAUUUCUACACUUGGUGGAGCACAAAUCAAUGAUCAAGUUAAGCUCAUAGCCGCCAUAAAAGAAGCAGGAAACAUCAAGAGGUUUUUUCCAUCUGAAUUCGGGAUGGACGUUGAUCGUCACCACGCCGUUGAGCCUGUAACCAGCUUCUUCGACCAAAAAGCGAAAAUCCGAAGAGCCGUUGAAGCCUCCGGAAUUCCUUACACUUAUGUCAGCUCCAACGCCUUCGCUGGAUACUUCCUCCCAACAUUAGCACAACAAAAUGUCACAGCUCCUCCAAGAGACAAAGUGAUCAUUCUAGGAGACGGAAACGUCCCAGCAAUAUAUGUGAAGGAAGAAGACAUUGGAACUUUUACUAUUAAAACAGUGGAUGAUCCAAGAACUUUGAACAAAACAGUAUACUUUAGACCUCGUGGCAACGUUCUCACUUUCAACGAGCUUGUUUCCAUUUGGGAGAAUAAGAUCAAGAGUACCCUUGAGAAAAUCUAUGUUCCAGAAGAACAAAUUCUUAAGCUUAUUCAAGAAUCUCCUUUUCCUGCAAAUUUGAUGUUGGCUUUAGGUCAUUCAAUGUUUGUAAAGGGUGAUAGUGCAAAUUUUGAGAUUGAAUCUUCUUUUGGAGUGGAAGUUACUGAGCUUUAUCCUGAGGUGAAAUAUACUACCGUCGACCAGUAUUUGAAUGCAUUCGUAUGA